GAGAGCGUGCAACAGCCAACAGAGAGCCAGGUCUCUGUUAGUAACUGGCUCUUGGAACUGUUGGCCUCGUCUGCUGCUGCUGCUGCUGUUGCCUCUUAUGAAGGUGGAAUUCCUGCUACUGGAAGCAGCAGUACCACACUCAAGGCCUGUUGAUGGUGUUGAUAUUUCUGCUGACGGUAACACUAUACACUACAACAUUAAACGAAACCUGCUGACGGCAGUGCUAUAGUGUUCCUGCUGAUGGUGACAGCCAACACCACAUUGAACGAGGCCUGCUGAAGGUAGCUUUAAUAAGGGUGGCAGCCAACACCACCAGACAGCCGACAUAGACAAGACCGCCAGAUAGCUAACAACCACCACGCUCCCUGAAGACCCCACAACCAGGCUAACAACAAGACGUCGGGAAUGUCGGCUGCAUCGCUGCUGCUGCUGCUGCUGCUGCUGACAGCAACUGCUGAAGUUAACCCAGUUACGUCAUUAUCAUACACACACAGGAAGAAAGACUGCAUAUACGCUGAAGGCAGCAUUCUUCUCUCAAUGAAGGUAGGCAGCAACAUAGAGUGUAGCGCAAGCUGUGUACCUCCUGCCUGUGUGGGCUACAACAUAGCACAGAACGGUACAGAGAUGCUGUGUACUAUCUUCUCUAACGUGACUAACUACACAGCAGAUGCCAACACCCGCUACUACUGCUCAGACUGUCGCUACCUUGGAGAGGAGUGUAGCAGUGAUGCGCAGUGCACAGAUAUGACGAUGUACUCUCUCUGCAAUGUCGAAUGCGUGUGUCCGACGGGUUACAUCAACACAAACGCCACCUGUCAGUUUGAUUACAAGGCCGCUGGCUUCACCACUUACCGUGGUCGUUGGGUCUACAUCAAAGACUACAGCCUAUCCUGGAACGGUGCUCUCGACGCCUGCAAGAGUCUACACGCCACCAUGUUCAUUCCCUGGGACGCAACAGACUGGAACUGGAUGAGCUCUAAAGUAUCAUUAAUAACCUUAGGAGCGUACUUUCCCAUCAACGACAUCGCACAAGAGGGUGUCUCCAUGUGGAACAACGGCACUGCUGUUAAGAAUGCGCCGUUCCUGGUCUGGUCUAUUGUGAACUUGAACAACGCGCUACUGGACUGCGUCAUGAUGGCUGUUACGUAUUCACCCACCAAGUCUACCAGCAUUUUGUACGGGUCGUGCAUCAAUAUUUUCACCCAUUCACUGUUUUGCGAGGCUCCUAUGUGA